UAUUUUCUUUCUUAAACCCCGGGCACAUUAAAACCGCGACGGGCGACGGCAGCAGCAGCAGCGAAUAGCCAUGUCUAGGGUUCUAGGAACUUGCAGGGUGCUCAUGGCGGCGGCCAAGGGCGGGUCGAAGGAAGCAUCAGCGAAGGCGGUGGCCACGGGGGCGGCGAAGCCCAAGGGGCCCUUUCAUCGGCCGCUGCCUUUGUCUCCAGCGAUGAGCAAAUUCCUCGGCGUCCCAGAAAUCGCACGGGUGGAUGCCGUCAAAAAGAUCUGGGAGCACAUCAAAGCAAACCAGCUCCAGAAUCCUUCGAACAAGCAGGAGAUUAUCUGUGACGAGAAGCUGAAGACAAUACUCGCCGGUAAAGAUAAGGUUGGAAUGCUCGAAAUCGUAAGGUUGAUCGCGCCUCAUUUCGUCAAACCCCAACAAACCUAGGUGCAGAGUCCAUGUUCGAUAUUUCUGUUGUCUGUUAGUUUCCUUUUCUUCAGUGAGGUAAUCCAAACCUUCGAAUAAAGCAGUUCUUCAUGCUGUUUGUGGAACAUCUUGUGAUAUUUUUGUGUUAUUAAUUCCUUUUUAAAGGAUAAUCCGAUGAGAUUUUCAUAGUCCUA